AUCAUCAUUACUAGUCACGCGCGCAGUCACUGUCAGGCUCGUUCCAACAGAGUCGGGCAGUACGGUGUGCCGCACAAUCUCUCGUAAUGUAACAUUUGUGUUUAAGCUAGAAUAACCUAAUACAUGUAGUCGGGUAUAAGGUUGCCGCUGUCGGAUUCAGAUUCAAGAUGGCGGCGCCCAGGCUGAUCCUUUUCUGUGCAACAUUUCACAUUGUUUUUAUACAUUUCUACGCAUUUGUUGUCUGUCAAGAUAAUCCAGCAGAUUAUUUCAAACGAGAACAUUCUUUAAUGCGGCCAUAUACAGGAUCUGGUGCCAGUCUUCCAAUGUGGGAUAUGCAAGGGCACACGAUGAUCACCAAUAAUUACAUCCGACUCACCCCAGAUCGGCAGAGUCGUCAAGGAGCCAUCUGGAACAAAGUGUCAAACAGGAGCCCCAACUGGGAAAUUCACGUUGAGUUCAAAGUACAUGGGCAAGGCAAGACACUUUUUGGUGAUGGCUUUGCAAUCUGGUACACUAAAGAGAGAAUGCAGAUUGGUCCUGUGUUUGGCAACAAAGACUUUCACACAGGUCUUGGAGUUUAUUUUGAUACUUACAGCAACCACAAUGGUCCACACAAUCACCCCCAUCCAUACAUAUCAGCACAGAUCAACAACGGCACUUUGCACUAUGACCAUGACAGAGAUGGAACACACACACAGCUUGCUGGCUGCCAUGCCCCCUUCAGGAACAGGGAUCAUGAAACGCAUGUUGCUAUUAGAUACCUAAGCGGCAGACUCGCUAUAAUGACUGACAUUGAUGGUAAGGCUGAAUGGAAGACCUGUAUUGAUGUCAGUGGAAUCAAACUACCCACAGGAUAUUUCUUUGGAAUCUCCUCAGCAACUGGUGACUUAGCAGAUAACCAUGAUAUAAUUUCUGUUAAAACGUACGAGUUAGAAGGAGCAGACAAGUCAGUAGACUAUGCAAGUCUAAAUCCAUCAGCAGACUUCUUUGCCCCACCCAGAGAUCAUGUCGAUGAUCCUGGUGGUGCCUUUCGUGGUGGCUGGACCGUGAGUCUCAAGAACAUGUUCUUGUUGAUUUUUUGUUGUGUGCUUGGCUUCUUUGUCUGCCUGAUUGUGGGUGUGCUCAUCUUCCAGAAGAGACAGGAAUAUAAUCGGAAGAGGUUUUAUUGAGACAGAAUUCACAUUGCGUCCAAAGAGAUUUCAUGGCUCAAGCUCGUUUUUCAUAUAGUUAUAAUAAACACCAGAUAUCACAGAUGAAUCCCAGUCACUCAGACCUACUUUUCACAUACUCUCUCAGACUUGAAAUACCCAGGAACAGUAUAAGCAUACAGAGCAGAACACUGACUAGAGGCAAGUAGGGCAAUGCCCCCUCUGUCAUUUUCACAGAUUAUUGCAAAUGGCUCAUGAAAUUACCCCUUCAGUGUUCUAAUAACAUAAAUGAAGCCUGUGAAAUUUGCUGACUGUAACAUUGGAGUGACAGAAGUGCUGAUCUAAAGCAUCCACUUUGAUUUGUCCUCUGUUGAAUCAAAACAGUAAUCAAGAGUGUUUUCCCAGAUAACAAACUCUGUGGCCAGAGUCUGGUUAGUCCUGUUUGUGUUCUUUAUAACUAUGUUGAAAAUAAAACAACUAUACACCAUUGGUUUAUGUUAAAUAUGAAUUCCCAAUAUUUGAAUAUGACACAUGGGUAGAAACCCGAGAUUGAUAUCAUUGUAAAGUUCCCCAAACCCUUAAUGAAUGUGGGAUUGCAGAAAGGGAUAUUUUUAUGUCAUGUGUGUAUCUGAACUGAAACAAGCAGGCUUAUUACCAUUGCUUACUCAAUUUUAGGGGAAUUCUUUGAAACAAGUCUUUUGUUGUCUUCGUUGCCAAGGUUACGUUGUAACCUUGAAGCUAAUAGUUGGAACCCACCACAGUUUCACUCGUUGAAUUAGGGGCUUAAACCACAUCACAGCACUGAGAAGGUUCCAGAGUUAUCUUCACGGUACUUGUAUGUUUAAGCUACAUUGUAUUCAUGGGAUUGACACUUUAGCCCGAGAUAAAAAUAACUGCAAGCUUUUCUCUCUAAGAGGAACAGAAAGUCUGAGGAAGUCUGAAUCUGUAAGGUUGGUUCUAUAUCAGUAGAAGUGUUUUCUCAGUUUCAUUGACUGUGUACAUUGACUGCAGUGCACGGUGCAUGUGGAGUUACUGAGCUGCCACAUAUGGGUCUUCUUAUUUUAAAGGGUCCAAAGUGGAACACACAGGCCAAAACUUGAAAGCUUAUUUCCUACCUGUAGUUAGGCUAAUUUGUGUUCCAUAACACACGAAGUUGCAUAUUUUGCAUACAGCAAAGGUGAAGUAAGUAGUGAAAGUAGUGACCAUUUUUUAUAAGCCCAUAAUGAAAAAUUUAACUCUAUGACUUUGCAAAUGACUGAAUAACCCCUUCAUUGUGUACCAUUGUGGAAGUUUCUCAUAGGACCCCUUAAAAAAGGACCCAUAUUAUGCACACAGUACUUUCCCAUACCUUCUCCAUGAAGGAUCAGUCCAUCAGAAGUCACCUGGUCUCCAGUCAACAUUAUUAAAAUGGGUGACUACAAAGGCGUUCCUGGGAGACUUCUCGCGUGAUCAGAAUUGUCACGACUUGUGAUAGACUUAAUCAUCAGUAUGAUUCUAUCACUAUCAGCAGAAAAUCUGUGCACAGAUGUGCUGUGAAAUGGGCUUUGAUGGUCAGUGGUGCUAUUGGAUUGCCUUCUGCAGUAUUACUGAUAGACACAGAAAAAAAUGACUUGAGUGUCCCCGCAGUAUGGAGGUGUAAAUAAAUCAUUCAAAAAGGUUCAAGAUGUCAGUGGAAAGUGCACGUAGUAGUUACCAUGUCCCAUCGCAGGUAUAUGUACAUACUUGUAAACAAAGUGUUGUUAAGCACCCAAAGGAUCCAACUUAGAAGGGGAUGUUUUUCCAUAAUUAGGUUAUACAGAAUUGUUGACAGAUGUCUGAUCAGCUUUCAAAAGAAUUCACAACUUUUUUACACAUCUUGUCCCAAAUAUCAAAAUACAUGUAUAUGUAACAGGAAAACAGAAUUUCUGUUGAAUGAAACUGAUGCUAGGGUUAUUUUGGGGUAGUCAUGAGUACUUCCCUCAUAAAUUCUGCGGUUAGAUUUUCGAAGUGUGCUUUUUGUAGUGGCUUGUUCAGUGAAAUAUUCUGUUCAUCUGUCACACAGUCAAAGAGUCCAUGCAAUGAAUGUUUCUCAGACAUCCUUCUUGUGCAUCUUCAUACUCAUCUUCAAAGUAUGAAAAUUUUGACAUCCUUUUGAAGGUAAGCUUAUUAAAAAAUGCACUUUUUCAAACAUUACAAAUUGUCCAAGCUUUUCUUGAUGUGUUGCUGUGAUUUAAAUUUAUGUUGCAAUUUUUGAACUCAAAAUUCAUUCUUUGGAAACAUUUAUGAGAAAAGGCUGCUUGUUGGCUUAAAGCCAGGUACUUAACCAACAAAAACUAACAAAAUGGAAAUUUAUGGAAGCAGCAAAUUUUGUGCCAAAAUCAAUGCAACAUUGAGGUUCCGUGCCUGGGAUGACAUCACACUUUUGCUCAUGAAAUUGGACAUUCACAUUCGCAUCCUAGCAACACCAAUUGAAAAUAAGGAUAUUUGAAACACACAAGUGCAUUUUCAAGGGCUGUUGUAAAAUAAUUGCAUUGCAUGGACACUUUCAACUUAAUGGAUUAGAUGCAUUGUAAAGGAAAAUGUGUAGGCCUAUUACAUUGUGUUUCAUUUUAUACAUUUCAUACUGGACUGUUUUGUCUUCCUUGUCAGUGCAUCAACCUUGUACCGAAGUAAAUCAUGCCAAAAUAUGUACCAUGGGGUACACCAGAAUCUUUGAUAAGCAAUCUCAGAAUUCUUGUAUCUGCCCUGGGUGUAGCAACCAGUACUCAAGCUUGUGAGUCUCUGUAGUCGCUGCAUUGAGACAGGUGCAGGGGGGCAAGAUGGCAGCUAAAUUCCAUUACAAAAAAUGAGUCAUACAGAACUAAUGUAUUUCCUUACUCUCAUAUGAAAUGACCUUAUUCCUCUGGUCAAAUUACUGGACAUCUGCAUAUUUAUGUGGAGCAUUUUUGAACCUGAAAAAGCAUUCUGCAAACAUAUAACCUUUGACAUCUAGUUUCCGCAAUACCAGUCGGAAACAUGAGAGCCAUUUGGGUUUGAAACAUUUUGUGGCUAAUAUGUAAACCCAGUUUACACAAACAGAAGCAAAUAGCAUAAACUCAAUGACAGCAGAGGUUAAUAGAAAUCUUGAUGGAAUCAUCCACAAUGUCUGUGGUGAUAAGCGUAAAUCAAGUGUUUCCUACAUGUAUCAGCAAUGCUGUGGGAAAAGCUGUGGGGUACACGUCAACAGCAGAAAUUUUUAUUACAUGUAUAUUUAUGUGUACCUAAUACCUCUAUUUACUACCUAAAUACUGUAACGUGACAUUAUAAAUACUUUUGUUGCCCAAAACAGUCUGCUGUAUGUAUAUGGUUAUAUCUUGCAUCUCAUUGGUCAUCAACCAGAAUCUAGUAAGUGGGUAAAUUUGUGACUACA